AGGUGCAGUUUUAAAAUAUUAUUUAAAAUUAAAGAGCUUCUCGCAUAAAAUAGUGCGUAAAGUUAUAUUUGAAACCCCUUUGUUGAGUCAGUCUUAAAAUGGCACACAGCAGAGACGACUUACGUAUUUACUGGAAUAAAAUCAUUUAUGCUUUUCCCAUACUAACGGAUUCUAUGUUGAGUGAUUGUACAACUAGCGAAUACGAAGAAGUGCUACAAAUAAUAAACGGUCUGGGUAUUCAAAUCAAGAUUCGUGAUAUGGUGCAUAUACACAUAGAAAAAUAUCUACGGCAAAAUACGGCACCAUCGUUUUGGGCAAAAUUUUCAAAAGUCGAGGAGGAAGUCAAAGGUUUCCAGUUGUUCAAAGCAGCAGUUAAUGAGCUUUAUGAAUCGUUUGGCAGUUUCCUCCCCAUAAUAAAACGUCUGUCUAUACUAAAUAGCCACUGUUCAGACAAUACACCAAUUUACGGCGAACGAGAUGUUAUGUUAGGCUUUAAACAACUUUUACGAGGUACUUUACUUUCUCAGUUGCCGAUAGAAUAUCAUGUUAUAAUCAAUCAUUUUUAUAAGAUUUCCUUUAAUGUGUUCGAAAAUGAGAACUCUGAUAUGGGCGAAGAUGACAUGUGCUCCGGCUGUUGGAAUGAUUAUAAAGAUUGUAACUGUGCUUAUGUUGUAAAAGUUUUUCAUGAUACAAAUCGAAAACUUAUGGAGCUAGAAUUGCUGGAGAGAUUGACUGGCUCUGUUUUAACUAACUUUAUACAAAUGAGGAUUGAAUCUCAUAUCAAUAAAAUUUGCACCGGGACAUUUGAUGUAUCCUAUAUAGAGUCAUUGGAAGAUUGGCUCGAGACAACUGUCAUGUCUUGGCUAACGCGUAUUUACUGUGCAGGAAAAUCUGAACCGCCACCUGAUGAUAGACACACUCAAAAUGCCAUUCAUAAAUUUAAACAGAAAUUAAGUUACUAUUUGUACCACUGCUACACUAAGUUGAGGAUUGAUCAGCUAUUUAGUAUAAUUGUUGACUACCCUGACUCUCAACCAGCAGUAGAUGACAUUAAAAUAUGCCUGGAUAAGACUGAUUUACGACCAACUCUCUGUAGAAAGCUUCAAAAUGCUCUUGAAACUAGACUAUUGCACCCUGGUGUUAAUACUUCUGAAAUAUUAACUGGUUAUAUAUCUACCAUUAGAGCUUUGCGACACUUGGAUCCUUCGGGAAUUAUUUUGGAGACUGUAACAAAGCCAGUUAGAAAUUAUUUAAGAAAUAGAGAAGAUACUGUGCGCAGCGUGGUAAGUAGUUUAACAGAAGAUAAUGCAGGUAGUGAAUUAGCAGAAGAAUUAGAUAAGUUUAAUCCUGAAGCCGAUGAUGAUGCUGAAAAAGAAGAGGCAUGGGAUGAGUGGGUUCCAGAUCCAGUAGAUGCUGAUCCAAAAAUUAAUGCUAUUGAGAGGAAAACUAGUGACAUAAUAUCAAUGUUAGUCAAUGUUUAUGGAAGUAAAGAGUUGUUUGUUAACGAAUACAGAACACUUUUAGCUGACAGAUUGCUUUCACAAAAUGCAAUUAAUUCUGUCAAAGAAAUAAGAUAUUUAGAACUAUUGAGGCGUAGAUUUGGAGAUGAAUCGCAGCUACAUUUCUGUGAAGUGAUGCUCAAGGAUAUAUCUGACUCCACAAGAAUAAAUGCUUUAAUACAACAGGAAAAAGAUUCUCUUUUGCAUAGCAACCCAUUCAACUCCAAUGCAAUGAUACUAUCUGCUCAAUUUUGGCCACCAUUUAAAGAUGAAAGUUUGGAAUUACCAGAUGAAAUUAAACAACAUUUAGAAAAUUAUACUAAAUCAUAUGAAGCUCUCAAAGGCAACAGAACUUUAAUUUGGAAACCACAUUUGGGCAAUGUAAAUAUAGAAGUAGAAAUAGGAGAUAAAAAAUUAGAUCUGACAGUUUCACCUUUUAAUGCAACAUUGAUAAUACACUUUCAAAACAAGCCCGAAUGGAGCUUGGAAGAUUUGCAUAAAGUUAUGAAGGUGCCUAUAACUGUGCUAAGAAGAAAAAUUAUUUAUUGGCAAUCUUUAGGUAUCAUAGCAGAAAAAAGUCAAGACAGAUAUAUCCUAGUGGAAGGUAAUGAAGCUAACAAAUCAAGUGGUGCUGUGAACCAAAUUCAGGAAAUGAUAUGUGAGGAUGAAGAGUCUGAGAGUGUAAUGGCUUCAGCUCAUGACCAACGAGAAGGGGAACUUCAAGUCUUUUGGUCCUAUAUUGUAGGAAUGUUGACUAAUUUAGAUUCUUUACCCCUUGAACGAAUACACCAAAUGUUGAAAAUGUUUGCAUCUCAAGCUCCAGGUGCAGAAUGUAGUCUACAAGAAUUGAGACAGUUCUUGGACACUAAGGUGAAAACCCAUCAACUGGUUCUUCAAGCCGGAAUGUACCGACUACCUAAAACAUAAGAGAAGAAAGGUCAGUCUGUUCUGCAAAACUUCUAUUAUUAACUAUUUAGUGUAAUAGUCAUUAGUCAUUCUAAU